AUGGCCGCUACAGCUACUAUCUCCGCUCUCUCCCUUGCAUCCGCCCCAACCUUUGGUAUUACGCCUGCUGCUUUGCCCCCACCUGGUCAACCGGAUAUCUCCUACCACCCAGAUUGGGACAAAUACCAAGCGCGUGUAGCUCGCCGGACCCAGACAGAGGAUCUCACUAAAUCCCUCCCUGAGGGUUUCCCUAAUGAGCUCAAGGGAGACCUCGUUUGGGACGGAGAGACUAUUGCCCAGAAGUAUGACUGGACGUACGUUCUAUCGACUAUUCAGCUUGAGGAGAUCGACAGGGCCCUUGCACACUUUAAGUCCCUCAACAUUUCCAAGGGCUAUAUCGCACAAGAGACCUUCCCUCUACCCACACUACAUAGCGAGCUGCGCCGUCUAUCUCGCGAACUACACUUCGGUCAUGGCUUCUUCGUCCUUAGAGGCCUAGAUGUUGACCGGUACACCCGUGAAGAAAAUAUCAUCAUAUAUGCUGGAGUCUCUUCUCAUAUAGGCUCUAUACGUGGCCGCCAGGAUGCCUACUUCCAAGGCGAGCGUGCUGAUGUCGUUAUUGGACAUAUCAAGGACGUUCGCUCCAGUCUCGGCGAGUCUAGAGACAAGACCAAGAUUAAGAUUGGAACACCUGCCUACACCGCUGAUAAACAGGUCUUCCAUACUGACUCCGGCGAUAUUGUUUCUCUUUUCGCCCUCUCUACCGCGGCCGAGGGAGGGGCUAGUCGUCUAGCUAGCACAUGGCGUGUGUAUAACCACAUUGCUGCUACACGGCCAGAUCUUAUUCAUACUCUUAGUGGACGUUGGGACGCAGAGCUCUUCACAAAGACAGUCAACGAUACCGACAGAUUCAUGAGCCGCCCAUUACUCCAUCAUCUGCCUGCCAGUGCCGAUGGCAAGACCCCUGAUAGAAUCCUUCUUCAGUAUGGACGCCGCUACUAUGUUGGCUUCGGAGAGAUACCCCGUGGCAAACAUCUACCGCCUAUCACCGAGGCCCAGGCCGAAGCUCUCGAUACUCUGCACUUUCUGGCUGAACGAUUCAGCGUAUCGACUAAUUUUGAGAAGGGUGACAUGCAGUAUGUCAACAAUGUGGCCAUUUUCCACGCCCGCGAUGGUUUCACAGAUACCAAGGAUAAGCAGUGA